AUUGACUUGGCUUUUGCCUUGAAAACUAUGAUCUUGGUAGAGGAAGGACACUUGCACAACCAUCCUGCCUUUCUUCUUCAUAUAAACUUUCCUAUUUGUUUCACUAAUCCACUGUCAGUUGAUUCCAAACACUAAACAUGGCUGAUGCGAUCGUUUCCGUGCUGCUAGAGCGGUUGGCUUCAGCAACUUUUCAUUACAUAGAAGAUAAGGUGAAAAACGUUUUGGACGUUAAGAAAUACGUUCAAGAAUUCACUAGCAAUCUCAAAGCUGUUCAAGCUGUGCUUCAGGACGCUGAGCGAAGGCAAGUGGAGGACGAAAGCGUGAGAAACUGGUUGGAUAACCUCAAGGAAAUAUCAUACCAGAUGGGGGAUGUGCUGGAUGAGUGGAACUAUGAGAUUCUGAGGCAACAGGUUGAGAAGCAAGAAAGAGAAGGUGCAGCUGCUCUUGUUCCUGAAAAGAAGGUCAGAUUUUCUGUUUCCUCUGGUUGCUUUUGUUUUGGCCUAGUCAGUCAGGUCUUUCUUCAUGAUGACAUUGCUGCUAGGAUAAAAGAGCUGAAUGAGAGUUUAACUUUGAUUUAUAAGCAAAGAAAAAUGUAUGGGUUUCACAUAGAGAAAGGCACUCAACGACUUGAACAACGGAUAACUUCGUCUUUCGUCGAUGUAUCUAACAUCUUUGGACGAGAAAACGAAAAAGAUGUUUUGAUAACAAAGUUGUUGACUGAUGGUAGUGAACAAGGGAGGGGGACCUUUAUCAUCCCUAUUGUAGGGAUGGGAGGAAUGGGCAAAACAACUUUGGCCCAACUAGUAUAUAAUGAUCCCAAAGUUAAAACCCAUUUUGAAAAGAGAAUAUGGGUUUGUGUGUCAGAUCCUUUCGAGGAGAUUAAGAUUGCCACAGCUAUUAUUGGUAAUGACCCCCCAAGUUUAAAUGAGUUGGACGAUGUCUUGCGGCGUGUGUCUAAAUUCAUUGAGGGCAAAAGGUUUCUCCUUGUCCUUGAUGAUGUGUGGACCCAAGACCGUGAAAAGUGGGAGCAAUUAGAGGUAGCAUUGAUCCAAAGUGGUGCUAAAGGCAGUAGAAUAUUGGUGACAACAAGAAAACAUGAGGUUGUUGAUAUGAUGAGAGCAACAAGUCACAUGAUCAGUAUGGGAGAAUUGGGUGAACAAUUUUGUUUGUUAAUCUUCAAUCACAUGGCCUUUUAUGGUAAGGAAGUCAACGAGUCCAAUAAGUUUGAAGAUAUUAGUCGUGAAAUUGUAAAGAAGUGUAAGGGUUUGCCUCUUGCUGCAAAGACUUUAGGUAGUCUGAUGCGCAACAAGAGAACACGGAGAGAAUGGCAAGAUGUUUUGAGAAGUAAAAUAUGGGAUCUAGAAGAUGUCGAGCAAAAAGUUUUCCAACCACUGUUACUAAGUUAUUAUGAUUUGACCCCAACAGUUAAAUGUUGCCUAUUAUAUUGUGUUGUUUUUCCUAAAGAUUAUGAGUUUGACAGAGAUUGUUUGAUUAAUCUCUGGAUGGCACAAGAUUACCUUAAUUCGAAAGGGAAUAAAGAUAAGGGAAUGAUUGGUCAAACAUAUUUUGAUAACUUGGUAGCACGUUCUUUUUUCCAAGAUUUUGAGAAAGAUCGUGGCAGUGGUAAAGUUGUAAGUUGCAAAAUGCAUGAUAUUGUGCAUGACUUUCUACAAUUUCUCACCAAGAAUGAAUGCUUGAUUAUUGAGGGUGAGGUGCUACCAAUGAAAUAGCAGCAUUGGGUGAUAGGGUUCGCCAUUUGACCUUAGCUUUAGUACCCAAGGGUCCACUUUCACCAGCUAUCUCAUCUUUCAAUUGCAAAAAUCUACGCACACUCACAACUUUUAAUUGUGAAAUAACUACAAUAAGCUCAGAGUUUCUUUUGAAAUUGAAAUGUCUUAGGACAUUAAAUUUGAGUGGUGAGUGGGUGUAUGGUAAUGACUUCGAAGAACUUCCAGAGGAGAUUGGACAAUUGAUACAUUUGAAGCAUAUUGAUUUGUCUGAUAAUGGUAAUUUGAAGAAAUUACCAGAUGCUAUUUGUGAAUUAUACAAUUUGUGUACCUUGCGCCUUUUUGGGUGCCGCUCACUUGCGGAACUACCUGAUAACAUGAGAAAAUUGAUUAGCUUAAAACAUCUUUAUAUUGAAGGAUGUAUUUCUCUCAAGUACUCACCAAAAGGGAUUGGGAGGUUAACAAGUUUGCAGACACUGGAUAAGUUUGUUGCGUGUUGCGGUGACAAGGAAGAAGCAUUACAAUUUGAAGAUCUGAGAACCUUGAACCUUCAGGGUAGUCUCGUCGUACAGGUUUCUGGGGAUGUAAAAGAUGUGAAUGAGGUUGAGAAAGCUCAAUUGUGGGAUCAAAAGAAACUUUUUCAUCUCGGAAUAGAUUGUAGAGAUAUGCACUACAGGCAGACAAAAAGCAGUGUAGAAAUAUUGAAUGUCUUACGACCGCACAAAGAUUUGGAAGCUCUGGACAUUGUUGGGCAUACUGGGACCGCCUGGCCAAUUUGGAUGGCAUCGUUAAACCACUUGAGAAUCGUUACCAUUGUAGGGUGGGAAGAGUGUGAAUUUUUGCCUCCUCUUGGGAAACUUCCGUCCCUUGAAAUACUGACCAUAGCUAGGAAGCAGAGAGUGAGAAAGGUUGGUGGUGAAUUUUUGGGAAUAGAAGAUCAAACAUCAUUCAAAUCAUCGCCAUCAUUAUUCCCAAAACUGAAAGAACUCCGCCUUCGCAGAAUGGAUAACUGGGAAGAGUGGGAAGGCGUGGAAGGGUGGAAGAAAGAAGAAUCUGAAAUUACAAUCAUGCCAUGCCUUUCUUACUUAGAAAUUUAUUUCUGCCCUGAUUUAAAGACACUGCCAGACUUCCUUUGCAAAGUACCACUACAAAAUCUUAUCGUCAACAGAUGCUCGAGAAUCCUUGAAAAGCGUUGCGAACAAGGCAGUGGAGAGGAAUGGCCCAAGAUUUCUCAUAUCUCAAACAUCCAUUUUCUAUCCGAAGUGAGGACUCCAAAUCUAAUGCAUCCUGAAAAUAGAAAUUGGCGGACAGUGGAUUAUAUUUCAUAGUACGGACCCUUGGCCAGUUGAUCUCCGGACAUGAUUUGUUAAAGGAGCAAUGUCGAUCAAGCGGUGACUCGCUAGGCAUAAUCUUCUCAUAGCACAUGAUGAUCAUCAAGUUUAAAUUGUCCUGUGGGGAUAUGUUUGACGAGGAUUACUGAUGCUGAUGGGUAAUUUCUUCUUUUGCAUGUUGUUUUUUCUCCUUUUUUUCUUGUACCAUGAGGGUUUAGGUUUAUGUCCCAUUUUCUUUUACAUGUUUUUUCUUAUUUUUUCUUGUACUAUGAGGGGUUAGGUUUAUGUCCCCCCUGACUAGGUGUAAUUUUUUUAUCGUUAUCAAUAAAAUUUCCCUCGUACCGCCGAGGUUUUCUAAACAAAAAAAAAAAAAAAA